AGAGAAUAUUUCUUCAGCUAUUUCGUGAGUUUUACCCAAAAAACAAAACCCCGUUUCCGGAAUAGAUAUGUUUUGAGGGGUCACAUUGUACGUAGAGUAAUAGCGUAAUGUCAUAAAAAUCCAAAAAUCUGCUUCUGUCGAGCCUCAGUGGCGCCCGUGCGAAUCUGGUGGUGCGCGAGUGAGAAAGAAAGAACUAAACGUCAAAGCUUACGGGUGAAGUGAGAAAACCUGCGGUGAGUUGAUGAUUCAGCCACUGCAUUGUCGGUGCGCACCGUGAAUGUGUGUAUUUACUGUCCGUCAAAGAAAACCAUAACGAGGUAGAAAUAUCAGUCCUCUAAUUGCUGCUGCUGCCGGGAAACAAUCGUAUAUAUCCAAAGUGUAUACAAAUCUUCAGUUACAGUGUUACGUGUUACAGCGUGUUCUGAUUAGUACGGGCCUGCGUGGUGUGGUGAGGAGCUGGCCACACCGUGCAAAAUGUCUGCAAGUAACCAAUGAUAAGCCUCUUCAAGUUACAAAUUACUACGCCUAGCCAGGCUUCGUCGAAAAGUAAACAGAAUUACUCCCAACGCACAGUCAGACAUCAAAUUACAGAAAGAAAAACAACAACUCACACCGUUGAUGUUUUACAUAAGCGAAGUUAGUUGAGAGCUGCACAUGUUAAUUCAUGCAACGUCGUUCGAGCAUUGUUGAAGCAUUGAAAUUCGUAUGAAUGCUUCUGUGCAUACAUCUGCGUUUUAUGCAGUGUGCAUUGCACGUACGUACGUCGUCUGAUAGUGCUGCGGCGCACCUGACGAUCAUCGCCCUCUGAAUACUGGUCUUUCGUUUGGCCAAACAAAAAACAACAAUACAACGUGUGUGUGUAGCAAAGUGCGAUUGAAAAAAAAUACUAGAAAGCUCGUGUGUGUGUGUGCAUGAAUGCGUUCUCGUAAGUGCAACCGCAACAUUGUGCAGUUAUUUCGCGGGUAAUCUAUCAGUUACACUGUUGUCGUCGUGUAUUGGAUCGUGUUCUGUAGUUUAUUUGCACGCUAAAUGCAGUUUUUGAUGCAGAGCAGGCUUUCAUCCCCAAAUCCUUCCGGCAAGGCUUAGCUGAUUGCUUGCGCAAGUUUGAAAAUCCUAUAUGAAAGGGAAAUAAGUGCUACGAGAUCGCGGUGCGGUGCGACAGUACAGACUACGCGACGAAUCAAACGGUACCAGCAGCAGAACCGGGUAAUCCCGGAACCAAUUACUUCAAAACGUCCAGCAAAAUGAGGAUGAAACACAAAUCUCCCUGCCUGAUGCUCCAGUUAAUACCAUCGGAUAAUCGUGCCAUCCAUGGUCAACACAAACGGCACAAAGAUAGCUGCGAUGAUUCAUCGAUCGCAUCAAGCACCCGAGUUCCCCUAGCACGCAGCUGCUCUAGUCCCGCCGUAUCAUACGACAUUGAGUCUCAUCCUGCCUCGCUGUUGUUUCCCCACCUGCUUCUCGGGAACGGUCGGGAUGCGAUUGAUCCAUCAACCGUGGGAGCCAACUGCAUACUUAACGUCACUUGCCAGCAGCCGACUGGACAGCUAAAGCCCGGUCUCAAGUACAAACAGAUUCCGGCCAGCGACACCCCGCACCAGAACAUCAAGCAGUACUUUCAGGAAGCGUUCGACUUCAUCGAGGAGGCGCGGAAAAAGGAAUCCACCGUACUACUACAUUGUCAAGCGGGUAUUAGCCGCAGUGCCACCAUUGCGAUUGCGUAUGUAAUGCGCUACAAGGAACUAUCACUGAUAGAAGCUUAUCAGCUGGUUAAGCGGGCUCGCCCGAUUAUUUCUCCCAACCUUAACUUUAUGGGGCAGCUGCUGGAACUGGAGCAAAACCUAAUAGCGGACGGGAAGCUGGAACCACCGCCACCGUCACCGAUCAUAUCGCCCAGCCAGCCACCGUUCUUCUUGAUCGACAACUGUAGCAAGUACAACUCCUUAAGUGAGGUGACAACUCGCCGCCAGCCCAAUGGAAACGAUGAGCUGUCUACUCACGGGAACAAUGGAGGCGACAACGAGGACUGUAAAAAUAACAACCGAGACAGCGGCUGCAGUGUGGCCAGCAACAGUUCAACCAGCUCUGGCAGUAGUAGCUGCAGCAGCAGUGGCAGUAGGGCCCGAUUACCAUGCGGUUUUCGCAACGGUUUCAACGGGAUUCGGUUCCCGCCACGACUAACACUGAAACUGCCGACCUCACCAACGUCAUCGCCACCUUCGCCCUCGUUAUCGUCGCCGUCGUCACUAUCUUCCUCCUCUUCGACUGUCUCGUCUCGUGUGUCCUCCUCUUCCUCGACUCCAUCACCAACGCUUGGUAUUACGCCAAUGCAACCCACCUGCACCAGCAGUAGCCAUACGGGUGUUAGGAACUCUACCUUCGGCAGUGCCAGACCCUCCAGCAUGGCUGCAUGCUGUCUGCACGAGCGCAGCGCCAAUGCAUCUUGACUCCGUUUCUAGCGGCGCGCCAAUGCCUAGCGAAAAUGAGUUCAUCGAGGUCCUACAGUCACUCGCGUAUAAGUGAGUUAAUGAUAAGCUAGCGGGAGAGAUCCUGACUAAACUAAACGUUGCGGACUUCUGUUGCGUGAAUACGCAUGAAAGAGCGAAUGCUGAUUCGGAAGGAUUGUCGUGAGUUUAUCAAAUGUUUCCGAUGCUGCUCAUACGGAAAAAGAUGACCAAAAUGUAUCACUGUUUGCAGACGGUGUAGUAUGUGAACCGGAUACAGAAGAAAAAUAGAUGGUAGGUAAGGUUGCGUGCAUAUGCUUAGAAAUCCGUGUGAUAAAAUUGUUCCAUGUACGAAGCACAAUCGCAAACUCAGCUUUCAACCGACAACGGUCGUUCCGUUGUUCAUCUUCCGUUACAGUAAGCUGCAAACAAUUGAUAGUAGACACCAUCAAAGGCUUACAACUGUAAGGUUUUUUUUAAUGUAAAUAAUUCUACACUUUGUGAUGUUUCACAAUCUACACCCUCCGUACAUUUUAACGUUUUCAGAUACCUUAGUUAAGGCUACCUAAUUUUACAGUUUUCUAGCCAAAUAUUGUGUUUGAUAUAGACGAUAUCUUGUUUCGUGAUUUCCUGGGAUGUGUUCGUUGUAUCGAUUUUUACUUGUAUCGAUUUGGUAACUUCAUACUGGAAUUGAUUAUAUCUUGCCUGACUAACAAAAGGGAGAACUAAUGCGGCUUAAAAAUAAUGCCAGUAAAACUCAUAUCAUGCAACGUGCGCCAUCGUUAAAACACUCACGCGUUGGAGUUUGUGUAGUCAAAGUGGUGCAGUUACAAAAAAAUAUUCGAACCGUGGUUAGUUUAUACUGAACUAGGUAUGUGGAAAAACUAAAUUUAGUAACAGAGACUUAUUCUUAUAGGCAGUAGUUGACAGAUUCUUGGCAGUUUGGCAUAAAUUUGAGUGAAAAAACUAAAACACAGGCUAUACACUCUAAACAUCACUCUUUUGUAAAAUAGGAGAGCAACUCACCCGUGUCAGAUGCAUUUAAUUUACAAUCAGUCAAGCCAUAUACCGCACCACAAUCCUGGUCAGCAGUUUAGUUUCCAAAUUGAAUAAAAUAUUUAUAUCAGUUUCUCAGAGUUCCUCGUCCCUUCCGGUAACGCGUGAUGUUUUGAUAUCUGAAUGCAUAACAUGAACCGUAAAUUAAUAGAGAACAAUCGACAAUAGAUAGAUUAUACAGUCUAGCAGUAAAGUAUAAAUAAAAUGGAAACAGUAGCAUAGCAAAGAAAUGUAAUAUAAAAGCGUACCUUACAGUUGAUGUACAGGGUUUGUAUCAACGCGAGCACGAUGAGUAUAUUUAAGCCGAGCUACCUUCACUCUUACAUCCGUGUAUUUGUAACGAAAACUUCAGAAUCAAAAUCAAUAGGACCAACUAUUCCGAUGUUACAAAAGUAAACAAAAAGUAGCACAUACGUUUUAAAGAACAACAAUGACGACGAUAUCAAAAACAUACCCCACACAAACCUGGGUUUGAUUGUGUUAUAUUUGAUCGACAUAACCAGAGAGUUAAUAGUCUUCAAAGUUCCAACAACACAGAAAAACAAAUGCUAGUCUUAUUUGCUAAGUUAAAUAUAACCCACAAGGGCACCGAUUAUUAUUAAUGAUAAUAUGUACCGAAUGUUAACAUUAUUAUUUUCAAUUCACUUGAAUACUAUUUCAUUGUAAUUGCUGUAAACCUUACAACGGACGAGCGUAUUUGAGAGUUGAACUUGGAAAACACAAGAAUAUAGUGGAAAUAAAAGGAAAU